GUUGUGCAUCUCAUGUGGAACGUACACGUCAGUUUAGAAACACCAGUCGAUGACUGUAAAUUUUGAGGAUUUCUUCCUUGCAUGACAUGGAGGAUGAUUUCUUGACCCAGUCGCUUAUAGAUCUUUGAACAACCUGUUUCUUUGCCUGUGUUCGGGUUUGUCUAAAUUUCACUGGGUCCCUCCGUAAGUUGAAGGUGCCUGGAAGUAACGGUUCUUGAAAUUCGAGUUUUUUAACAUGAGGCGACAAUCCAAAAGCAUCCAAAGACAUCCAAAGCAUGAGGGGAAUUUCCUGCAAAUGUUUUGACUUUAUAACGUUGUGAGCUUGAGACCAUGGCAUCGUGUCUGAAAAAUGUCUUCUUGGCAGCUCUGAUGCUAUCGCUGGCGAUUUCGCUGAUGAUCGAGUUUGGCUCUUGGGACGCGAGCAUUCUUCCUCGGCGGUUCUUCGAUGAUAAAGGAAAUAAUACACCCCCAACCCCUGAUGUCAUUGGGGACUCGGAGAGGUACAGAAUCGUCAUCAUCGGCUCUGGACCCACCGCUCUUGGAGCCGCCCAGAGACUCCACGAUCUCCGGCGGGAAACUAAAAACACCGUGAUCACCGUCCUUGAGGAGAAAGGCAAACCAGGCGGCCUGGACUCGUCUGAGAGAGACGAUCAAGGGUUUCUGUGGGACAACAGAGUCAAUGCGGACUUCUCCCAUUACACCUACUUCGAUCGGAUCCUUGACCGAGCAGUGCCCGAGUGGAACUACCGGCCGAUGGCGACGUUUGCCUUCAUGAAAGGAUCAGAUGGAACGAGAAGGUUCAUCCCUUACCCCGUGCAAAACAACAUCCACAUCAUGGAUGAAGGGGAUCAGCAGAAAAGCCUGUCGGGAUUGGAGGAGAUUUCCAGAAAUACGAUCACUCUUAAACCGGAGAAUUUCGACGAGUGGCUGCUGCAGAAAUUCGGAUCGGGCCUCGCGGACGUCUUCAUGAGGAAAUACUACAAGAAAUGCUGGACUGUUAACGCCACAGAGAUGAACUCAGCCUGGAUUGGGGAGCAGGUUUCCGUACCAGACAUUGAAGAGAUUAAGAGCAAUAUUAAAGAGGUGGAUAACGGGAUCGAGGCCAAGGAUACAGAGUGGGGGCCGAACCGCUUCUUCCGUUUCCCCAAAUAUAAUGGAACAGGAGGAAUUUGGGAGGCAAUUGCAAGACGGCUUCCCAGAGAGUGGUUUAAAUUCAACGAAAAAGUUACCGGAAUUAACAUCGACGAGAAAGUAGUCACAGUGGAAGCAGGCCAGGAUAUGAAAUCUCAGUACAGUCUUGAAUACGAUGUGUUGUUUUCUACAGCGCCUCUGGAUAUUGUUACUGGCUUUCUCAAGAGCAGUGACUCGUCUUUGUCAAAGAUGCAAGAGCUAGCAUCUCAGCUGGUGUACACGCACACUCACAUCGUAGGCCUUGGCCUCACCGGUCAACUACCAAAGACCCUUGCUGAUAAAUCUUGGGUGUAUUUCCCGGAUUCUGAUUCUCCCUUCUACCGCAUGACAAUGUUCUCCAAUUAUUCAGAUGACCUUGUACCCAAAGCGGGAGCUUAUUGGUCGCUUAUGUGUGAAAUCGCAGAACCGAUGACUAGCCGGCCUCCGUGGCGAUGGAAAGAAAAUGAGUUGGUAAAAACAACAAUUGACGCCUUAGUCUCUUACGGGUUUAUUACAGCUGAUAUGGCUGUCUCCAAGCACUAUCGUCGAUUGGAUUACGGACAUCCCGUUCCUUCACUCAAAAGGGAUACGAUACUGGACACGAUACAACCAUGGUUGCAGAGCAAAGACAUCUAUUCCCGUGGGAGGUUCGGAGGAUGGAGAUACGAGGUUGCAAAUCCAGAUCACUUAUUCAUGCAAGGGGUCGAGGUUGUGGACAAAAUACUGCAGGGCGUCCCCGAGGAAACGUACACGAGUCCAAAUGUUGUCAACUCUAAGAAGAACACGGGCCGGGUUAUCCCAUUGGACUACGAGUUGGUUAUCGCUCACUACAACGAGGAUAUUGAGUGGCUGAGGCCCUACGCCCACCACACCCUCGUGUACCACAAGGGCCACGACACGGGCCCGCCCUUUCAAUUGUACGCCUGGGAACGGUUGGAGAACGUUGGGCGCGAGUCGCACUCAUUCCUACACCACAUCGUAACCAACUACCACCAACUUGCGAACGUUACCGUCUUCACGCAGGCAGAUCAUCUCAAGGGUCGCUGUUACAAGGACAUCCUUCAGUUCGUAACCUCAGCCAAGAAGGGCGUGCCUUGCCUGGGACUCCUGGAGCUGCAUACGGACUGGGGACGAAUCCCCUUCCAAAAGGAAUACCUGGAGACUGUGAAGAACCGCCCGAUCGACAGGGCCAAUGUGACCUUCGGUGAGUUCUACUACCAUCUCUACGGCGUCCUGCCACCGGCUAAGGGCAUCGAGAACUGCCGGAACGGCUGCUUCGGAGCAACCAAAGAGAUGAUCAGGAAGCAUCCCGUAGAGUUCUACAAGAAGGCGUUGGGCUUCGUCAGCAGAUCUUCCAACGGGGAAGAAGGCCAUUACUUGGAGAGAAUAUGGUAUCAUUUCUUCGCGUGAUGGUGACGUCAUUUUUUCAUUGUAGCCCCGGAGGUCAUUUAUUCGUAAACUCUGAAAACUGCCUUGCCCAUUUUGGCGUGAAAAUUAUGGGCUAGACGUUCUUUAUUUUGAGAGUGUAUUUGUUUCACGUCUUUGCUCAAAGUUAAUAAAUCUGAUUGUUUCGGUCAUACCA